GACUGCAGUGACAGGACGGAAAGGCCCAGUGCCGCUCUGGCCUCCCUCCCAUGCCCGCCUCCAGGUCCCCUCUGCACCCCUCGUCCCCACAGGAAGAGCACUCCCCAGGAACCCCGGAGCUGGGGGGCAGGAAGAUGCCGCUGGAGGAGCCCCGGGAGGGACCAUCCCGCCCGGAAGCCGGUGGACGCAGGCCUCAGGUGAGCUGAGCCGGGCGCUUCAGGCAAGAGAACCGCAGCAGAGACACCAACAGUGGACGCUCUGAUGCCAGGGCAAGUGACCAGCACCGAACCUCUCUCCAUGGUCACAGGCGCCAGCAUCUGGCCAUCCCAGCAGCCGGGCUGUGACGGUCCUUGGUGGUAGUAAAUCCAGGAUGUUGGCUCUGGGAAGCGGGUGGGGGCCUACGGUUGGGGCCAGUCUGGCCCUUUAAGAGAAUGUGGGCGAAGGGUGGAACCCUGUUGCCUAGCAACAGGCGUCUCCUCUACCUGAGUCCAGUCUCUGGGAGACAGGAGUGAGCCAUGGCGUCCUCGGGGCACCCAGUGGCCCUCGAGGCCCCCCAGUCCUCCCUGGCGCCCUGUGGCCUGCCCCCGCUCUGCCUGGCAGGGGAGUCGGACAUGCUCCUGACCAGGCAGAGGGCCCCUCAGACGGUGCCCGCCUGCGAGCUGCCCCCGAAGGUCUACGACAUGGCACUCAACACGGGCGCCCACACGUCCUCAGGCCUGGCCACCGCCGGCUUCCGCACCGCCAAGUACCUGAUGGACGAGUGGUACCAGAACACCUAUGCCCGCUACUACCAGGCCUUCGCCGACCGAGACGGGUCCGAGCGGCAGCGCCACGAGAGCCGCCAGCUGGCGUCCGAGACAGAGGCGCUGGCGCGACGCACACAGGAGGACUCCACGCGCAAGGUGGGUGCCCGCCUGCAGGACAUGCACAGCUGGAAGUCAGAGCUGCAGCGGCAGGUGGAUGACCUGGUGUCCGAGACCCGCCUGUUGCUGGCCCAGAAGCGGCGGCUGGAGCGGGCACUGGACACCUCGGCUGUGCCCUUCUCCAUUGCCACCGACAACUUGCAGCGUCGCGAGCGCCGCCAGCACCCCGACCUGGUCCGGGAUUCCGUGGAGAUGGAGCUGCUGAAGGAGGCGGAGCUAAUCCGGAACGUCCAGGAGCUCCUGAAGAGGACCAUUGUGCAGGUGGUGAACCAGAUCCGGGAGAAUCGGCAGCAGAAAGAGACCUGUGAGAUCAACUGGUCCGACAAGGUGGAGUCAUACAACAUCGACGACAAGUGCUCUCGCUAUCACAACAACAGCAUCGAUAUCCAGUUCCACCCGCACUCGCUGGCCUACGAGGAGAGCGCCUCCACACCCGAGACUUGGGACAAGUUCAACCGGGAAAUCCUGCAGCGCGCCGACCGCGAGCGCCUGGCCACGGUCAACCUGCGGGCGCUCAUCGACAACAUCCUGAAGGACACGGCAGAGGACCUGCGGCUGCAGUGCGACGCCGUGAACCUGGCCUUCGAGCGCCGCUGCGAGGAGCUGGAGGACGCGCGCCACAAGCUGGAGUUUCACCUGCACAAGACGCUGCGGGAGAUCACGGAGCAGGAGCACAACGUGGCGCUGCUCAAACAGGCCAUCAAGGACAAGGAGGCGCCGCUGAAGGUGGCCCAGACCCGCCUGUACCAGCGCUCGCAGCGGCCCAACGUGGAGCUGUGCCGAGACAUCGCCCAGUCCAGGCUGACGAGCGAGGUGGAGGAGCUGAACAUGUCCUUGGCGGCCCUGAAGGAGAAGCUUCUGGAGGCAGAGCAGUCCCUCCGCGACCUGGAGCACACGCGCAUGGCCCUGGAGAAGGACGUGGCCGUCAAGGCCAACAGCCUGGCCAUUGACCGGCAGCAGUGCCUGGCGCACCGAGCGCACUACCCUACCGUGCUGCAGCUCUCUGGCUACGAGUGAGCCCGCGCCCCAAUA